UUGUGUCGGUGCUAUGAGGUUAGACAAUUUUUCGUGUUCUCCGAUACAGCUCUCUGGAUAAAGACACUCAAUUCUGUGGCAUUAUUGAGCCAAAACAGAAUUGAAUUGUCAGGACGCUUUUUUAAUAGAUAUUUAUAGUUUUGGUCAGCGGGUUAAAUAUCCGUUAGAAGAGGCCCUUGUUGCAUCAGACGCACAGCACAGGUUUUCAUAAUUACUGUAUUAGCUUAAGAUAGUUUUUAUAGGCCAGUUAGUCUGUGCUGGAAGCCGGUGGCAGUUUGUUUUAAAAUUAGAUUUUAGAGUUGUAGUGAACCAUGUAGUGACACAUCGACCUAAAAUAUGGCUGGAGAUGCAAUGAUGUAAAAGUUUCAACUAAUAUCAAAUCAAUAUUGGCAUUGUUAGGUGUGGGGAAAAACGCAUAUAUUACAGAAAUCUAUGUACCCAAACACAGCCAAAUAAUGUUGCCACAUAUAGAAUAUUACCUGACCUACAGACAUGAGAUUUGGGCCUUGAUGUUAGUCUUAAAUUCGCAAAUCGGCCAAAAUUACAAUACUUUGUUUAUGUAAAAUAACCUGGUUAUUAGUGUAGAAGGCUCACGCUCUGUCACAGAGAAUACAGUGACUACGUACCUUGAUCUCAGCUCACACAACUUACAGAAAAUAUUCAGGAAUGGGUUUCCAGACUACGCGGAUCGGCAGAAAUGCUUUGGCGCUCUGCUCUCGGUCGCUGGUCUCUUCAGCAUGGCGAGGAGACACUCACAGGUUACACUGGAGCCCAACUGCAGCUCUGCAGAUUCGGUAUGCCUCGGGACCUAAAGGUUUUCUGGGAGAGUUGGUUAAUAACAUUCGCCAGGAGUUUAGUAAGAACCAAGAGAUGAAGGAAAACAUCAAGAAGUUCAGAGAAGAGGCCAAGAGGCUUGAGGAGUCUGAUGCACUUCAACAAGCCCGUAGGAAAUAUAAAUCUAUAGAGUCUGAGACAGUAAAGACAUCUGAAGUAUUUCGUAAGACUCUGGGCUCUCUGUCAGAGACUGUCAAAGAGGGUAUUGAGGAAGUGACUCGUACGGACAUAGGGAAAAAAAUCAAGGAGAGUGUGGAAGAGGCAGCAAAGACAGCGAUGCACUCUGCUGAAUCUGUCUCCAAAGGGGGAGAGAAACUGGGCAGGACCAGUGCAUUCAAGGCCAUCUCUCAGAGUGUGGAAACCAUGAAGAAGGAGAUAGAUGUUGGUGACGCAGGCCCUUAUAGGGCCCCUGCCCAGCUGAGGAUGAGGAGCGAUUUCUCAUCUAAAGGAGCAGAUGAUAACACCAGAAUGUUUGAAGCUAAUGAGGAGGCUAUGGGCGUUGUCCUCCACAAAGAUUCAAAGUGGUACCAACAGUGGAAGGACUUCAAGGACAAUAAUGUCGUUUUUAACAGAUUCUUUGAGAUGAAGAUGAAAUAUGAUGAAAGCGACAAUGCCGUCGUUAGAGCAUCCAGAGUGGUGACUGACAGAGUCACUGACUUUCUAGGUGGUCUUUUUUCCAAGACAGAAAUGUCAGAGGUGCUGACAGAAAUCCUGAAGGCCGACCCCAACUUUGACAAAGAUUCUUUUCUCAAACAGUGUGAAAAAGACAUCAUCCCCAACAUCCUGGAGGCUAUGAUCCGUGGAGAGCUGGCUGUAUUAAAGGACUGGUGUUACGAGGCUACAUACAGUCAGCUGGCUCACCCCAUCCAGCAGGCCAGGACUCUGGGGCUUCUUUUUCAGUCCAAAGUCCUCGACAUUGAUAACAUAGAUUUGGCAAUGGGUAAGAUGAUGGAUCAGGGCCCUGUACUGAUCAUCACCUUCCAGGCACAAGUUGUCAUGGUGAUCCGCAGCCCCAAAGGAGACAUUGUGGAAGGCGAUCCGGAGAAGGUGAUGAGGAUGAUGUAUGUGUGGGCUUUAUGCCGUGACCAGGAGGAGCUGAACCCUAACGCGGCCUGGAGACUACUAGACAUCUCUGCCUCCAGCACAGAGCAAAUACUUUGAGAGGAGGAAGGGGUAAAAAGCCAUGAAGGUGAAGAGGUUAAUCUGGGACAAAAACUGAGAAGGGCAGAAGAUUAAAAAAAACAUAUCGCCCAUGCUAUGUACAUGCCCUGCUCAUUUGUGACUGUUUUAACAUUCCCAUCAGUUUCCAGAGGGUUCAUGUGCACGCACCUGACCACUCUCUGGCACUUGCGUGUAGAGUACAUGCCCAUGGGGACCAACUACAAGGCAUAUUCACUGAAAUCAGAAUCCAGUUGAGGGAGGUAGUCACCUGAGUGAUUGGACUGGUUGGUGCAGAACAGAACUUAAACAUACAGUUAAAUGGAUCAAACUGACUUCUAAUACAUUACUUUAUCCAACAAUACCGGCUGUCCAUGGUCUACUUGGGCCAAGAUAAAAGAAAAAAAGCAUUGCCUCAAUGGAUUUGGGGUGUGUGUGUGCUUGUUGGCUGUUUGUUAUGAAGCCUGGACUCAGUUCUCACAGUGUUUAUUGUACACCAGAAGAGCUAAAAUUUUAAACAAUGUGGGAUUAACUUAAUUAUCUGUUCUGGAUGCAUUCAGGUAACAUUUAGACUGAACUGCAAAAGCAACUCAGUGUGUGUAUAGUCAGUGUAUAGAAACAAGCUAGCACAGUCAAUCUAUGAAUCCAGAGUCUCUUUGUCUGUCUGAGACAGAAAAUCUAAGACUUUGUGUAAGCAAGUCAUUAUCUGUGUUCACCAAAUUUAGCAUAACUUUCACGAAUAAAGCAGAAAACAUUUUUCUUGUCAGGCUUUAAUGUCUUUAAUGUCUUCUCACCCUUUUAAUCACCAAAAAGGCAGAUGGGUGGGAAGGUGUACAGCCUCAAAGCUUAGUGUUUUGAACGUGAAAACGUGAGGAGCUCAUUUGACGUUAGCCUGGACUUUAAACAACAUGAAGAUUAUAACAGAAAGUAAUGAUCUCUGAAUUCAAAGCCUAUUCCAUCAGGAUUUAUAUAAUCUAUUAAAAACUACAAUAAAUGCUGCUUUUAUUUGUUAAUUAUAGGUAAAAAUUGAGAUUUUUUUUUCAGGUUGUAGUGCAUAUAGACUAUGAAUCAGGUUUGUGAUACAUUAUUAUAAACUUGUAACCUGUAAAUGUAUCUCUUACUGAAUGUUGGUUUCUUCCCAGCCUGCACAGGACCACACCCAGAAUUUUUCAGUUAUCAGUCAGGCAGCUUCUUUAAUGGUGGAUCCUUUUGUCAUCUCAUGCGGCACAUUGUUCACCUGUUUGUUGUACUAUACUGUCAAACGGCAAACGGUGAGAAUGAGGAAAAAUGGAAAAACUGAUGGUUGCAUUGUGUUGUAGUGGCUUUUAUGGGCACUGGUAUUGAGUGAAAUGGUCCAUCACAGAUGAUAUUUGAAUUAAUGGGUGUCUGAUGGUUAUAGAGCAACCAUCGGACAUCCGUGAAGAUGUGUUUGAUAGUGGUCUCAUGUUGGUUUGCUCAUGAUAUGCCAUCCAUCCUUCUGUUGUGUUGUUGCAAAAACCACCCCAGAAUACAGAUGCUAUCUACUACCAUGACAGUAAGUGCACUUUCAGUUAUUAUUAAUCAAUUGAUUAAUGGACUCUUCUUGUUUUUGUAUGGUACAUAUGAGCUCUCUGUAAGUCAAAAUGUAUUCCAUCUGUUUUUUAAGUUUACAUUUGUUCUAUCCACCACUCCCACAGUUGUGAGAAGGCAUCACAGUCUUGUGUUAUUUUCUAUUCUUUUAGGAUUAUUAUUAUUUAAUUUCUGUUUCUGUGUAAAUGAGAUGCCAACCCUCAAAAGAGGAUUCAAAAGUUCUUCUGUUAGGAUGCAAUAAUAUAUAAGUAAGCUAAAUAAAGCAAGCUCUACUAUAGCUUUGUAUUUACUUUUUUUGUGUCUCUGCUUAGUCUGGAAACUCUGUCUUUAGUUCUCUCAAAGCAGAAUGGACACACCUUGAUAACAUUUCCAUGCGCGUGGUUGCUGAUUCUGGUUGAUAAACCAAUAAAUCAGGCUGUAUAGGGUUUUAGAAGAUGACUAUAUAUGCCAAUCUGUGAUGGACCUCAUCCUGCAGCUGUCUUGUGUGACGUCAUCCACGGACCAACUAACAUACUAAUCCGCUCCCUUAUGACAGCAGCCAGGAAAGGUAUUACUUUUCCCAAUAACUAUAGCAAUAGGUGAGUUAAAAGAAGGGUCCCUCAGCUGUUGUAGAGAAGGAAACGUGUGUAAAAACAAUUGAACUAAAUUCCAGCUCACUCAUGCGUCAUGGGUCGUAGAUCUAGAUAUACCUUAGCUGUUACCUAUGUCCCUGAUCCUAAGCUCGACCUCCUGCUGUAACAUUAUACAUAAUAGGUAAGCAAUGUUAACACUGAAUUUCAUAAUCAUGUAGGUGGGAGACUCGUAUCAAUUAUGGCCGCAGUGGGAGGCCCACAGGAGGACAGCUCGGGGUGAUUAGAUUAUGAACCUCUUCAGGGCAGUGUUACAAUCCACUCACUAUUAAUUAAACCUAGUGGGAGAUCUCAGGCAGGGGAGAUGUGGAAAUGUACCGACUCCAUUCUGUCCUAGUAUGGACUUUUAAUUGUGACGAUUAAUUAUUUCUCACACCGUGUUUCUGGAGCAAAGCCACAGGCACAUUCAGGUAGCCAUGUUUGUUUUGUCAUACACAUUAAUCAUGUAAUAUCAUGUACUUCAGCAAAACCUGGGACAAAAGUUUGAUAAGUCCACCUUUCUUUUAUCAACCACUUUUUUUGUUUGUCACCACCUUAAUUCUAGUUUGAUUCUAGGUUUACCAUACCAUAUUUCUAAACUCACUGAAAGAACUUCCAGUACAACAGACCUAGUACUCUUUCCUUUUUAAUAAAAUAUUUAUUUAUAUAUUUAUUUUGGUGGGUGUAUUUUUUAUUAAAUCAAAUCUGUUGUCAGAAUACAAUUAAUGAAGGUCCCAACACUGUGAUCUUAAAACACUCAUUUUCAGGACUUGCCUGCCUUUGAAAUAGAAAAAAUUACAACCAUUUAUUAAUUUUAGUUCAAAAGGAUUCAAUUGUACAAGAAAACCCAUUUAAAAUAUCUAACUAAUGAUCUAAGCAGAAAAUAAUGCAGAGGACCUACACCGAGAAGCUGCUGUGGCUUUUUUUUAUGUCAUCAGACUUUCUACUUUGUUAACUUCCCAGUUUUUACUACCAAGAUAGCAAUUGCAAUUAUAUAUAAGGUGGAAAUGAUUGUGAUUUGUUUAUUUCCCCUCGGAUGAAUUUGUCAAGAGCUUCUCUGAACAGUGGAUUCUGACAGACAAUUAGCAGAAAGGGCAAAUAAAAAUGUUGCUAAUACGUCUACUUCUAUCUCAUCUUAUACAAUGAAAAAGUCACAAGCGGCCAGCAUGGAGCCACGGCUGAUGUAGAGGAGGAGGGUCAGCUGGGAGGCGGAUCUGGGAAAGUGUGAGGACUUUAAAGUCCAUGUGAAGGCAGAGGAGGCGCCGCAGGAAGCUCGGAUGUAGGCGGAGAGCGCUCUGAGGUGUCCCUGGUGCUGAACUGCUGCAGGCUCAUCUCCGUUUUACACCUUUUACACCAACUCCGAAGGUAUCCUGGUGACUGAAACCUCAAAUGAAGAUGUUCCAUGGGACUACGGGUGAAAAAGAGAAUACAAAAAAGAAAGCUUUUCAGGAAAUUGACAGUUCAGAGCGACACAGCUAAAGCGUUCAAGUCAUUUGAAAGCAAAAACGAUCUCUUAUGUGCCGCAGCUUGGACUGGCUGCAGUCUACAAGCCCUGUGAUUUAUCUGCGAAACAACCUCAGCUACAUAAUUUAGAUUUAUACUUCACUUUGCAAUUACAAUAAAUGCAUUUGUGGGUUUUUGUUUGGUUACUCUAAAUAAACAGAAAAAGAAUGAUGUAUUGUUAUUGAGAACACCUGAAUCUGUGUUGGAGAAAAGAUAUUGCUUGUUAAGUGAACACCUACCAGUUGGGUCUAAUUAAACCUCUGUGAGCAUGCCUCAGCUUGCUUCUUACUCUUGGGUUUGCCCCGUGGCUAGUAGGAAACACAGCACUUCAAUCUGAUAAGCUUAUUUUCCACCCUUCUAAGAUGAGCAGCACAACAUUCUGGGUUGUGGAGAAUGAUCUGUCCUCUUCUUCUACCCCGGGGUUCCCCAGGGGCCCAACAGUGCUACAGCCAAUGGUAGGGCAGCCUGAACAGGGAACAGCGCUGUGUUUUGUGGGCCUCCUUGUACUCCUGCUGCUCUUUCUGGUGGUCCGGUGC